AUGCCAAAGCCCCACGGCCUCGUCUCGUUGUGCCGAGAACCAACACAUCUUCCGUUUCUCUACCUUACCGCGACUCUAACAGCCCCAGUUCAUCGGGCGCAACCGAACCAACCUCGCCUGCCAGCAGGCAACCAGCAAAGAUGCCCGUUUUCGAAUUCUAGCCGACAUGAGUUACGAUCGUAUCCAGGACGUCGGCAUGCGAAAUCUCAGGCCCCGAUUUCUACGCCGGCUCCCCGAAAUUCGAGAGUAACUGGCCGCUUUUCCGUACCUCAGAAUGGGAACACAUCUGCAAACGAUAGUUCUUCAGCCCAAGAUAACCGGGAAAUAAAAAAUAUUUUUAGCUCUGUUUUAAAGACGAUGAGUGAGCUUAACAGCCGGAGCAGCCGCAAGAAACUCCAGCAGCCGUUAAAUACUCUCUCUAAUUCUGGCUUGGAGAAAGCAAAUGUGAACGAUAAACUGCACAACUUUCAACUCACAAAAGUCGAUCCGUCGUCACCAGACGAAGCGAAAUUCGCUGGCAUUGAUCUUUCUGUUGCCGCAUUCGCUGUAGCGCAAACUGAAACGAAGAGAAUUUGCAAGGAGAUUGACGACGCUGUGAUGGACGGUAAAGGCGACCUCGGGAUCUGGAAAGUAUGCGAGAACAUGAUCUUUCCAAUGCUGAAACAAGCCGGUUUAGAUGAGAUACUGUCUUCCGGUUCAACAGCAAGCGUUUCCGAAAGCGGUGAUAACGCUUCUGGAAACCUAUGCAAUCUGCCCAACAAAUAUAACAAUACCCCGUGCCAACCAAUUUGUGUCCAUCCAGACAUACCUAUUGUAACUGUUGUACGACAUGUAUACCCUGCUACUCUUCUUCAUGCUUUGAGAAUUCUUCAAAAUAAGUUUCCAAUGUCUCCACUCACCAUUCGAUUAUUUGAAAGCAUCCGAUCCCACGGACGAGCUUCGUUCGUUAUCGGGUCAUCAAAGGAACUAUUCCAUGAAUUAAUAGAUUUCCGCUGGCGUGUUCACAAUGACUUACCAUCUAUCGUGUCUUUGCUUAAAGAAAUGGAGGAAAAUGGCAUCGACUUUGAUAAAAGAACACUUGAGUUAGUAGAAAGAAUUAGGCAACGUGGGGCACGAGCAAUAUUGAAAGCACGACAGUCCGACGGACGAAACAAGAAUAGCAGCAUCAAGAGCAGAAACAGAAGAACGGGCAGCAAUGCUGGUGUCAGCUGGUGGGAUUCACCUGCUAUCCGAAAGGCGUACCGGGAACUUACGAGCUGGGCAAAGGGUAUGGAUGCACAAAUCCGAGAGUUUAAAGAGCUUGAGGAGAAGGCACAGGAGUUAUGGAGCAUCAAACGCCCAUGA